AUGGCAACGAGACUCCUGAUGUGCUUACUUGCUGCUGCUUCCAUUGCUGCAACUGCAACCGACGUGUGUGAUGAAUAUUCCUUCCUGCAAGCCAGAGAAAAUGGUGCGCAAGCGAAUGGAGCCCGCACCAAGCCUCAUGCCGAGGUGGUGCCAUCUUUGUCGAUGAAAGCAGGGGCUGAAAUUGCCAAGAACUGCGAAGCGGCCGUGGCCAUGAUUGACUCUGCUUUCCGAAAGAAUGCCAGUGGUGUCCCGAUGAAAGUGGUCAUGCAAGUAGUGAUUAUGCCUCGCGAAGAUCCAUGGAAUUUUGUUCCCCUUGUGAACCUUGGAGCUCGCAAGGCAGACACUGCGUGGUACGGCAGCUUGGACAUGGCCAAAGGGAAGGCCUUCACAGCGCUUGGCUUCAGUUCCAACGAAAAUGCCCUUACUUCCAGGGCUAUUGGGCAACUUGCGGGUGAAGGCCAGCCAUUCUUUGGCAUCGCUGACAGCAAUCGGCCGCUGGCGUUGAAGGAUGCACGAGGGAUCAUCACUUCUCCUGGAGGCAUUCCCUUGUAUAAUCAGCAGAAACAGCUCAUCGGCGCGGUGGGUGUGAGUGGAGAUGGUGUUGACCAAGACGAGGCAGUUGCGCUUGCAUGCGCCAGUGGAUUUGAGGCUCCAGAAGCCAUUCGUGGUGGCAACCCUUACACGAAUGUGGACCUCGGGCAACUCUUGGGCCUCGUAAAGCGCAAGCUCGUUCUUGAGCCGGAAACUUGUUGGGUUCCAGGAGUGUUCUAUGGAGAUCCAGCCAAGAUACCAGACACUGAGCCCACACAAGAGAACAGCGCAAAGAUAUGCCAGGAGAAGUGCAAGCGCCAAUACGGCUGCUUACAUUUUACCUACUGGCCCGAUGGAGGCUGCUACUUGACCUCAAGCCUCUCAAAACUGCAGGCAGCGGGGCUAGGCUUUUCCAAUACUGUCUCAGGCGGACACAGGCCUCGUGUGUGGUCAGCUGGUUGGGCUCGACGCUCAUUGGACUGCUCCGUCUUCUGUGACCAGCACUCGAUGUUUGCAGGGCCAACCACAGGUCAGCAGGAGUGCCAGCAGAGGUGUGACAACCACAAGAAGUGUGGCUGGUACAGCUACUGGCACUCAGGUGGGCAGAACUGGUGCCGCCUCACCCAGCACUGCCAGACAGUGAGUGCCGAGUUCAACAACAACGUCUCCGUCUACAAGAGGAUACAUGGCAAGCUUCAGGAGGGCGGCCUCAAGGGGACCAUCGCUCGGAGGAAGAUUGGGGUGAAUGGGAGGACCUGCGACGCCUACCCGGCCUGUCGGGCGGUGAACCUCACCGAAGGCAAUUGCUGUCCCAACAACAACCGUAUUCAUCUUCACUGCUGCAAUGCCACUGUUUCCACUGCCAAGUCAGCAAUCAAGGAGGCGCAGAAGCAGAAAACGAAGACAUUGACGCUCCCAGCCUGAAUCGAAGCCACGCUGAGUCGCAUUUUGAUAGGCUUGCCUUGUUGGGAUUUUGUGGAAGGACGUGACCUUUCGAAC